AAUCGAGACAGAAUCUAAAAUGUCCUCCAGAAAUAUUUUGUUUAGAGAAAAUAACAAUUUCGCGUUUUAAGAUCAUGGGAUGAUGAAUUUGCAAACAUAAUGGACGGAGCAAGUGGAAGAGGUCAUGUUAUCAGCGAGAAGGGAGAUGUAGUGGAUUCAGUUGAUGAGAUGCGUAAAAAGAGAUUGGCUUAUUUUGGUUCUGCACAGAAGACAGCUGAAAAGCAGCCCCAAGUCAAACAGGAUAGCCAAAAGGUUGUCAAGAACAGUUUGAGACCAUCUGAUCCUGUUGAAGGUGGUGUUCCCAGAAGAUUAAACAAAACCAGUGAGGUUUCAUCAGCUCAAAGUUUGGAACAGAAUACUAGAUUCCAUAAUGUUGGAAAUGAUUUGAAUCUUGGAUAUGCAGUAGCGCAUUCUGUUGGUAUCAGUAGAUCUGAAAAUGUCUCUCUCACUACCAACUCUGUUACGGUAAAUGAAAAGACUUCUGCUGUGCACAGUGUUUCAAACUUUGCUCAUUCACUGGAUCAGCCAAACCGUGACUGGAAAAACCAUGUGGAAAAUUUGUGUCAAGCAGUCCAUGGAAUGGAUCCUGAACUUAGAGAUUCACAUGAUGUAGAAGCACUGUCGGUUUUCAAAAGUGAAGCUGAUUUAGACAGUCUAGGUCUUUCUACUCAUCGACCCGAGUCUGCAAUUGUAGAUGGUCAUGAUGAUGCUCCCCUGGACCGAGAUAUCACUCAGGAAAUUAAACACCUGUUAGGGGCAAAAAAAUAUCAAGAAUUUGUAGACAAAUCUAUAAAAGAUAUCAAUGAGCUUUAUCAACACAAAACAACAGAAACAUCUCCACAUCUGAUAAAUUCUCUAAUUGAAGAACGCAGACAAGAAUCUGGUAACAUUGAAAUGGCUAGAAGCAAUCAACCACUGCGAGAAAAAACUCCAUCACAAGAUAUUCGGAAACUAGAAAAUGAUGUUCCUUUGAAUAACAGCUUUGCCAAAACAAGCACACAGAGACUCAGAUUAAACAGACCACGAAAAGAACCUGUGCACAUCCAAAACAUAGUCACAAAGAAUCUGAAGGAGUUAGAAAGUGCAGCAUCAGUAUCAUCCAGUGUUAGAAACUAUGACCAGGUGACUAUACCUCACAAUGUGACAUACUCUACAGAUGAAAUCUAUCGACAGGCCUUUGCCAUGGCUCACAGUCAGGUUCCACCUCCAGGUUACCAGGGCGUCGAUGUUGGGGGAGGGAUGAAUUCCCCAGAGGUGAGAUCCAUGGUGUCAUCCAGUCAGUUGUUUCAGCCUAACAUAGGUUCACCACCUUCAGUAGGCAUGCCUUUCUCUUACCCAGGGCAGGUCGCUUCCAACCCGAAUCAAAUACCACUACCAACACCACCACCUCAUUCAUUGUUCUAUCCUCCAUAUCAGCAUCCAGAUUACAACCAAACUGUAGUCAAUCCUGCUACAUACGGCUACCAGAUGUCGGAUUAUGGUGGAGGGUAUUCCAGAACUCCUUUCACGACUGGAGGAAAUUACCCCAUGCCUGUUUUUUACCCAGGUGCAAUUGACUUCACACAGCCACCACCAGGAUGGGGAGUAUUUAAUCCUCCACAGAUGAACCGUGUUCCUCAUCCACCAGCAGAGAAGAAACCCAGUGGAGAGGUGAACAAAAUGCCUGGUCGUUCAGGUGCAUGGUCAUCACAAGGGAAGAUUGUUAAUGAUGGAGUUGGUUUAGAGGAAGGAGAUGAUUUGAUCCAUCAGUCUAAUGCUUGUCCUGAAAAACUACCAACUCAACAGGCAGAGGUUCUGGCUGAUGUGGAGGAACACAUGAUGCAGCCAUCCCAGAGACAUGUGGAGAAAAUAAGACAACACCAUGAACAGAGAAGACAAAAACAUGAGGACAAGAUACAUGAAGCUUUACACCUUGGUAAACAAAAACAGUUUGCAUCAGCAUCCCUAGAUCGAUACUUUUCGUCACUGGAGAACAUACACAGGACUGUGGACUUUGAGGAGGAUCCAGUAGCAGACGACGAUAUAAGUCUUGCAGAUGGCUUACAGUAUGAUGCAGACACAGACACAUGUUUCACCUCUGUCAGUGGUAUAACAGGAACCAGUGUUCAGGCUGGAGGAGUGACGGAGCGACUCAAGAAUCUGGGAAUAGACACAAAACCUGUAGCUGGUUCUGAAACCGGUGCUGAAACACCAGACGGGAAACCCAAGCGCAAGCUGGUGAAAGUGUGUCCUGAAUGUGCCUCUUGGAACAAGGAGUACAUGUCCUGGUGUGCUGACUGCGGUGAGCUGUUAAUUGGUGUUGAGGUCAUAGAUGCAAAGCAGAAGAAGAAGAAAGAAAGAGAGCACAGAAGGCAACAAAACAGAUUGCAUUUAGCUAAGAAGAAUAGCCCAGAUGAAAGAAAAAGGUUAGAAACAGAUCACAGAGGUUUUGCAGCACACAAAGAAAUAGAACAACAACCCAUGGAGAAAAAUGAAACCAAUGUAAAUUCUGUGUUAGAGACUGAACCUGCAAAACCUGCUCUGAAUUUGAACACGGAUGAUGCUGAAAAAUCACACUCUGCUGUUGAGAAUAAACAUAACUUGAUGCCAUUUUUGCGAACAGAAAAAGAUAUAAAUGAUAUUUGUGAAGCAAUAACUGACCCAGCUAUCAAGGGAUUCCUCAAAUCUUAUUUUAGAAAGAAAUCCCAAGCAGCACAGGAUGUGAUAAGUGCAGAUGAGCAUAGUGCCCGGGAAAGCAGUGGACCGAUAUUAAGAAAUGAUCAGAAUGAAUUGGGACUAAGUUUGCAUUCUUCAGUGGCAUGGGAAGAAGUUAAAGACAAAACUGAACAAAAUGCGCUUAAUGAACAGGAUGAAAUUGAAGUUGAGAUUUUUGCACGAGAAGAAAGCCAACCCUUCCAUAACCCGAAUCGCCAUGCUAAUGUUGUGCCUAUUUUAAACCUUGCUAGAAGCAGUGAUGAAGAUGAAGAUAAAAAGAAACCAUUCAAACCGCUGAGCUUUUCUAUUGACAGCGAUGACUGGUCCUCUGUGUUAGACAGACAGGAUGGAGAACCCCAGUCCCAGGAUCCUGUACUUAAACCGUACAAUAUUACUCAAUCUGGUGAUGCCGCAAGGCCGAGAAAUGCUUUCUUGUCUUACCUGUUGGAGAGUAAAUCCCAAGCACGGAAAACUUCCCAGACUCGACCAAAAAGUGCUGAUAUGCUUGAACGUAAGAGGCGGCUAGCUCAGAACAGAGCUCAGGAGUGUUUAGGUAGUUCAAAUUAUCCUCGCCAGCAUGAGAAGCCAAGUUUCUCUCAAGGUGCACUAAGGUCUGGUCAACGAAGAGACGGGGUUAGGAUGUCCAUUAGUACUGACAACAUUGAUGAUGGAAACAGUAGAGCAUCUCUUCCACUGAAGAAGACCAGGCCAGCCAGUGCUGAUCUAUACAGAAGAAAGUCUCAGUUUCCCAGUCAGUCAUCAUCUUAUGUACGACCACCAACAAUGCCGCCCGGCAGUCAGUAUGUAGUGCCACCCAAGCCUGCUGAUGUGGCAGAGGAUGUCGCAAGUCCACGGGGGACGGGCAACGUUCCCAACAUCGUCACACACAGACUGCAACCAGACGAAUCACCACCUAUCCCACCCAUCAUCUGUCAUGGUCCCACUUCAUCAGUUGUUGCAUACAGCAAGUAUAGAGAACUGACGCCUCGGAUCCGUGAAGGUGCCGCCUCUAUGUGGCUUUGUCUUCCCGAUGAACUCUGGUUGCACGUGUUCUCUUUCCUGGCUCACUCUGACCUCGUACAGUGUGCCAAGGUGUGCAAACAGCUGUACAGAAUCUCACUUGACGAAAGCCUCUGGCAGUACAUCACGGUGAGAAAGAAGUUCACCAUAAGUGACGAGUGGCUCAUGCAGAUCGCCGGACGUCACCCAGUGUCGCUGGCACUCAUUCAGUGUCACGGAGAAAACAUCACUGCCAAGGGACUGCGAGAUCUCUUCAGGGAGACUGCUAGCAACUUAAAGGAGCUGAACUUCAGUAGAUGUAGUAAAGGAGGAUUGACAGGUGACAGUAUUCUGCUCCACGCGUCUGCGCGAUGUCGAAACUUGACCCAUGUUGACGCCAGCUGGUGUAAUGCCACAGACAAUGGAAUAUCGGCAAUAUCGGAAUGUGCACACAGACUGGAGAGCUUGUGUAUCAAUGGCUGUCAAAUGUUAUCUGAUGAAGGCUUGGAGACGUUGCUCAAGAAACAUGGAAAAAGCUUGAGAGUGCUGGAAAUGUUUGGUUGCUUUAAUGUCACUCCAAACGGCAUCCGAUCUCUAGCUAGCCACUGCUCCAACCUGUUGACCUUGAACCUGGGUCAGUGCUACAAGCUAACAGAUUUAAGUAUCACACAUCUGUCAGCUAGUUUAGGACGAGUGGAAAAUCUUGACUUGAGAGGAUGCAAACAGAUCAGAGACGACUGCAUCAGAAAGGUGGUUCGCAAUUGUCCUCGCCUCAAGAUCCUGACACUAGCAAACUGCCCAAAUAUAACUGACGCUGCUAUGAUAGAAAUUGCCACAUAUUUAACAGAUAUACGGAGUAUAGAUAUCUGUGGUUGUCGUAAUGUCACGGAUCACAGCAUCAAGACUCUCACACACAAUUGUCAACGCUUGAAUGAACUCGAUAUCAGCUCCACUGGGUGCACACACAGAAGUGUGUUGCUUAUUGCCAACUACUGUAACCGUAACUUGGAGACUCUGAAGCUGAAUUUCUUGGCCGAUGUUACAGAGGCAAGCCUUCAAAAACUACUGAAACACUGCAAAAAAUUGAAAAUCUUACACCUGUAUGGCUGUACCAGUGUCAGAAAUACCAUCAAGUUGCAGCAAUUAUGUCCCUUCCUCAGUGUGGAGAUGUAAAACAGUGUCAGAUAACUCUAGCCGUUAUCUCCCUUCUGACUAAUGGUAAACAGUAUCUAUGUUCUCUACAUUAACUGGAGAAGUCGGUACUUGUUUCCUUUUUUGUAUUGUUACUUUUGGAAGAGAAUACACAGGGAUUUCUACCAUUCAGCAUUACUGCAUUGGUCAAGUUAAAGGGAUAUGGUUCACUUUUAACACUGUAUGACAUGUCUGGUUGAAAAAAAUUCCAGAUUAGAAUAGGGCCUAUUGAUUUCUGGAUAUUCAUUGUAUUCCUGGUUGACCUAAAGUCUACAGAAUCUCAAGGUAUAGUUUUGAUGUGACCAUUUGACAUGCACCAGACUUUUUAUCAGGGGCCUAAUACCAUAAACCCUUGAAAAUUUGCAAUCUUGCAGUGCAAUGCAAAAAGACUUGAAAUGAUGAUGCAAUGUUGUCUAAGAGAUUUGACUAUUAAUAGUUUUCAAUAGUUGAGUUAGCAAGGGCUGGAUGAAUUUGUAAUACACUGAGAAAUAAAUUUCAUGUGAUGGGUGUGAAGAAAUCAGUGUUUCAAGGAAGAAACUGAGUUUUAGACAGACAUUCCAUACAGUGUUGUUGGAGGACCAUUCACCUUUAUGGAAUAUCAGAGAUCAUAUUUCCGAGGCAGAUGUACAAGCUUCAGGUCAAAUUUAAAAAUUAUGAAUUUUAAAACUAAUUGGUGAAUUUUAUUUUUAAUUUAGUGAAAUAAUUUUAUGUAAUAAUUGAUAUAUUAUUAGAAAAUAACUGAGUUUCUGCAGUUUUUUCAAGUUUAAUAGAUAUGAUUGGGCAAAAUGUUCUGCUCACCCAGAACUAGCCCAAACCAGUCCACUUUUAUCUUUGUAAACUCUUAUCAGUAUUAGUUUAUUUAAUAUUUCAACAAAAUUGUAAUAUUCAUUUGCAUAUUAAAUUCUCUUCACAAUA